UUUUCUCUAACUUGCUUCUUUGAAAAAUACCAUGUCCACAACUGAGCAACCUCAAGACCUUGAAAAGGUUCAAGUGCCACAACAGGCGCCUCCACCCGCUGUUGCUCGACGCUACGUUAUCGCAAAUCCCGGACCCUUAGGGCUGAGUUCUUUCGCUCUCACCACUUUUGUCUUGUCUCUUCACAACGGUGGUGCUGGUUUCCCAGCAAGCAGCCCUAGCAAUGUUGUUGUUGGUUUGGCGUUCUUCUAUGGUGGUCUCGUCCAGCUUCUUGCUGGUAUGUGGGAAUUCGCAACUGGAAACACUUUUGGUGCCACUGCUUUCUCAAGCUACGGUGGUUUCUGGUUGUCCUAUGCUUUGAUCUUCAUCCCUGGUGCUAAUAUUGAAGGUGCAUAUGCUGAUUCGGAACCAGAUGUAUUUAAGCGUUCGAUGACUAUCUAUUUGAUCUCGUGGGCCAUCGUGACUGCUAUGCUGUUGAUUGCCUCUCACCGUUCAUCAAUCGGCAUGGUCCUUUUAUUCUUCGCCUUGCUCGUCACUUUCAUCUUGCUCGCUGCCGCCGAGUACAACAGCAGCAUCCCUACUAAGGUUGCAGCUGGUUCCUUUGGCGUUAUCACCUCUGUGAUCGCUUGGUACAACGCACUUUCUGGGAUGCUUACCAAGGAAUCUUCCUAUUUCUUGCUUCCUAUGGGCAAGUUGCCAUAAAUUCCGUAUACACCAAAUAUAACCUUCCCUGCCUACAUAUACUCUUUCUCUUACUAAUCUCUCUUUCGUUCGUUGUAUUCAUUUCAUAUUUUAGUAAUUUUUCUCUUCUCUCAUAUAUCAUUAUUACAAAGAAACCUUAAUAAAAUUUA